AUGGAUGAUACAACCCGUGCCAACCGAAACGGCAGUCCGUCCUCAUGGUCACAGAGUCCGCCUGGAGAGGCAAUGCCUCACUCUUCGAGCAGAAUACCUAGCCGCAGUAGUGCUGGUAACAGUACUCGCGGAAGUCUUCUCGAGCCCGGCUCCUUUCCCCAGGGUUCAAUCCGCCCUGUUACACCCGAUCCAGCAGAAAACGGAUUAGAACCUAUGGAUGUGAAUAAUACUGCAGUCACCCGAGCCUUUGGAUCUAUGUCUUCGCAGCAGAGCUCACCUAGGCCCAUUCGUGGGGGAGGGGGAGGAGGAGAAAGAAGAAGGCAAGGAAUCGUCUUUCAAGAUGAAGUCUUCGGCGAAUAUAGCUCCUCGCCCAGUCCACCCUCCACUAGGGGAGGGCAUCGGCCGCGCACACGUACUCUUGAUGAGGCGCUAGCAUUGCGUCAGGGUUCGUCGAGAGGGACCACCACCGAAAUUCGAAAUAGGAUGGGAUCAUUUUCCUCGUCUACCUCGCAGCCAUUGAUCGAAAGUGACGUGCGUCCGCCGCCUACCGUACUUGAAUCUACUGCUUUUGGAGCUGGGGUAUCUUCACGACCGCUGGACGUCAGAACCUCAGCUGCACUAGGCAAAGACAGACGUCCAACGCCCAACCGCCUCACGAAACGUAGCUCACCUCGCCCACCAUCGCCAUUGCUCUCCCCGCCCUCAGUCGACUCGCUUCUUCUUCCCAUACCGACCGACGAUGCGAACCGAAUGUUAGCAUUGAUGAGGAGGCUAUGUGGCAGGAUGAAGGGGGAGGUCGAGUAUCAAAGUGACCCUAGCGCGCCUUGGUACGAGGGAAUAUUUUAUAUUGAUGAGGAUAAAGGCAGCCUAAUGUUCGAUUCCGGCCACAAUGGCCCUUUUCAUAUCACAAUUAUAGGUGACCUGCGUGGGUGUAGGGUCCACCCAUGCAAAGCCCCUGGCGAUGAUAGGAAUUGCCUCGAGCUUUCUAGUGUACGAAUGGGCGUGGACAUUAUCUUUCGACCGCUCAACCCUGAUGAGAUUGACCUUUGGCUUGCUAGUUUGCUUUGCUGGCAGCAGAUUCGACCUCCUGGGGCCCGGCUCACGACAGGGAGAGGGCCCAGUUCUCCCGGACUAGUGCGACCAUCAGACACAAAAAAGAUGCCUUCUGCCGCGAUACAAACUGCUAAAGACCCUGCUAUCAUCAAGGUCGGAAAUGUGAUGUUGUGGGACAAAGGUGCCGCAACGUCUCCGCGAGCUAUCGUCAGGCGUCCGUCCACCCGGGACCUCCGCUCCGGAUCGACGUGUUGGCGAAGGGUAUCGUGUAUAUUGCAGGAUAACGGCGAAUUCAAGCUGAUGAAUGAUGUGACGGUACUCUCUGUUAUUGAUCUAGGUCAACUUUCAAGAUCUGCCAUACAAAAGUUGGAUAGAUCUGUUUUGGAAGAAGACUUUUGCAUUGCUGUCUUCCCUUCUUAUUCUGCGACGUCUAAGCAGCUCUCGAUUUUUCGUCCUAUUUACCUCGCCCUCGAUUCAAGAGUCCUCUUCGAGGUUUGGUUCGUUCUCCUCAGAGCAUUCACUGUGCCCGAACUAUACGGCAUUGAAUCAUCGACGGGCCAGAUUACCGAGAUAUUAGAUCACAAUACCGACUUCGACGGGCAGGUCUUUCGAAUUGAGAAGUCCAUCCAAGUCAAGGUAACUGAAGCAAAGUUACAACAUACAGGAGUUCCUUUAGAACGGAACCAAUUAAACCGUAGGGAAAGAGAUCCCUUGAUCGGGCAUUAUUUAGCGGAGGUUAUCCUAGAUGGUGAAAUACGGUCUCGCACAACGACACAAGCGGAUACGAAGAACCCCUUCUGGCGAGAAACUGCCCAAUUUUCCGAGCUACCUGCAACGCUCCCCUGCCUAUCCGUUAUUUUAAAGAGAAUAGAUGGAAAUAUAGACAGCUUAGCCCAUCAAGUUCAGGCUUCUCUAGGCUUACCCAAGUCAGGAAACAUAACGGAGACUGUGUGUGGAGUCGUUGAGAUUCCCCUGGAUAAGAUGGAGAAAGGUAGGGAUUACGAGGAAUGGUAUCCAAUCUACGAUGAAAAACAAGAAUCCGUGGGGAACAUGCUCAUCAAGGUUGAUCAUACCGAGUUGAUUGUACUCACAGCCAAGGACUACGAGCCUUUAUCCGAGCUUCUCCAUCGCUUCAGCACUGGGCUCACGACUCAGAUUACACAGUCAACGCCUGGCAUGCUGCGACGACUUUCUGAGAUAUUCCUCAAUAUCUUCCAAGUGUCUGGAGCUGGUACUGAAUGGCUUAUGGCCCUAGUCGAAGAUGAGAUCGAUGGUGUGGGCAACCAAAAUAGUAUGAAGCGGCUGCGAUUCAGUCGACGGAUGAAGUCAGACGAGUCCUCUACCUCUGCUAGCGACAGAGAACAGCUCGUUCGCGACAUGAGCAAGAGCUUAACAGGAGAAGCUAAUUUGCUUUUCCGUGGGAACACCCUCCUCACGCAAGCUCUUGAAUUCCACAUGCGACGACUCGGUAAACAAUACCUGGAAGACAUCUUAGGCGACAAAAUCUUUGAAAUAAACGAAAUCAAUCCGGACUGCGAGGUUGAUCCUAGCAGGAUCGAGAGAGUUGAAGAUUUACCACAACAUUGGAAAUUGUUGCUAACAUUUACAUCCGAAUUGUGGGAAAUCAUUGCCGCCUCUGCCAACAAAAUCCCCCUCGAACUUCGCAGCGUUUUGAAAUACGUCCGAGCCGUCGCAGAAGAUAGAUACGGUGAUUUUCUCCGCACUGUGAACUAUACCAGUGUCUCGGGCUUUUUGUUUCUUCGCCUCAUCUGUCCAGCGAUUCUGAACCCCAAGCUCUUCGGGCUAUUACGAGACAACCCUCGUCCUCGAGCUCAACGUACUUUAACACUCAUCGCGAAAGGACUCCAGGCGCUUGCCAACCUAUCUAGCUUCGGGAAGAAAGAGAGCUGGAUGGAGCAUAUGAACAAGUUCUUGGGGCACCACAGGCAGUCUUUCAAAAACUUCAUUGAUCAACUUUGCUCCGUCCUAACGGAUCGCUACCCUAUGACGGUAUCUGCGUCCUAUUCUACGCCCAUCAUGAUUCUCGGCCGGUUGUCUCCACAAGCCCGUGAAGGGUUCCCUUCAUUGCCUUACCUCAUUGAUCACCAGAGAAACUAUGCGGCUCUAGUCAAGCUAUGGCUCGAUGCGCAUCGUGCCUAUGCUCCCGACUCCCUUGUAUUUGAGGGUGAGCUAGAGGAAUUUCAUAGAAUUUGUGUGAAAUUGCAACAACGUUCGGACCAAUGCAUGGCUCAGGUAGAGAUAUUCCGGGCCAGUGAAAAUGAGUCGGUUGUUACCGAUGACCUAGCUGACAAUCUAGAGAGGACUUCGCUGCUUGAGUCUCUAAGCCAAAGUUAUGCAAGCAGCGCAGUAUGGGCAGAAAAUGACCCAUACCGACCCCCAGGCUCAUCCGGGAGUGAAGCCGACCCCGGUAGGGGCACUCAGCGCUCGUUCGUGCGCGAAAGUAGCUCCCUACAACAGCUGUCUGAGGGACUAGAUUUUACCAACCCCACGGGAACUAUACGUGCAAAAUCUAAGGCUGGCAAGGAAACUCGCAGAUUCUUGAGCGGGCUCAUCGGGAGCAAGAAGAAUAAGGGAGGUCCAAAUAUCUCAUCGACAAGACGCGAAAAGAGUAGUGGGAAGGGGGGGGAUAAAGGCAAUAGAGGCAUUCUUGGCAAUUCCCCCGAAUCGCGACAGCAAAGCAACACUAAUUCGAGGCACUAG